AUGGCCAGAAAUGAAGCUAAGGGUUCUUACCAGCACUGGUUUUCAGUUCUCUGCCUGUUUAUGGACUGGUUCUUGUGGGCAGGGCUCAUCAAGGCUCUUGGUGUCAUGUUGCCUACACUCCAGGAGCAGUUCGUGGCCCAAGCCUGGUUGAUCGGUUGGAUGAUAGCUGCUGUCGAUGGAGUCAUCAGAGUCUCAGGUAUCUUUACUAGGCCACUGGAGGUGAUGCUUGGUACCCGCACUCUGGUGACGGUGAGCGGUUUCAUGGUUGGGGCAUCUAUAAUCGUCGCUUCAUUUACCACCAAUGUCGUCAUGUUGACCGUAACUCUGGCAUUCAUAGCUGGACCUGGGCUAAAUUUCAUCAACAUUACAACAAGGGGCGUCAUCGGUCGUUGUUUUACCACAAACUAUGCCACUGCCAGCGGUAUUGGAUUUUCGGGAUUGGCGUUUGCCCUGAUCGUCGUCGGGCCAUUUACCCAAUUGUUGUUGGAUACGUACGGCUGGAGAGGUGCCUUGCUUAUUCUGGGAGGGUUUAGCCUGCAUCUUGGGGUCUGUGGCGCCCUCUUGCGUUCACCAUCGACUGAUGAAACACAGACGAACGCCACCUAUCAGCAAGUGAGCCCUGGCGCAGAAGAUGAAGAAACCGACAAAACGAAGCAGUCACGACUUCGCUCCUUCAAAGACGCCCUAAGCGCGCAAAUGAAACAUUUCGGCUUCUCCGUUUUUUUCAAGGUCUCCUUUUGGAUACCAACUGUCGUGUUCACUAUUGACAAGUUUGUAAGCAACCAGUGGCUGUUGUUUUACGUCUCUCAAGCACAAGCAAAAGGCUUCUCUGCGUGUGAUGCCGUGACAUUCACCACGGCCGCAGGGGUCGGCAACUUGACUUUUAAGAUCUUUGCUGGUCCUAUCAUAGAUCGUGGUUUGUUAAAAUUGCGACCAGGGAUCAUAAUGAUGAUCGUUGUAUGUUCCUUUGCUCUACUGAUUACUCCCUGGGUCGAUUUGUAUUGGCUGAUGAUCGUCAAUGCAUUCGUCUUUUUUGGUGCUUCUGGAAUACUAUCCGUAAUGAGUGAUCUAUACACCAGGGAACUGCUUGGAGUUGAACUCCUGGCUUGUGCCUUCAGUUGGAUGAAUCUGAUUGGGGCCAUGUUAAAUUUCUGUCUUGGCUUUAUCCCAGGUAAGAUUGUUUUCUCUAAGGAAGCCACUCGUUUGUUUUCAUCCGAGGAAACGGGGCGGAUUAAAUGUUAUCGCUUUCGACCUCUCACAUUAUUAAGACUCGACAAGAAAGUAAUAAUUAUUUUUCUUGAGGACGCUACCAAUUAGGAAGGGUCCGUGGGAAGAAGAAAAAGGGUGUAUACAUACUGCCACUUCCUCUGAACUAAAACAAAACGUAUGAAUUAAUUUUACUGUACAUAAACAAGCAGUAAAAAAGAAACUUCUUCGAAAAUCAUCCGUCCCACACAGAGGACAUUGAGCCUGCCAACCGAGGACAAUGUUUGGAACCCGUUUGGUCCUCGUCCUCGGUUGUACGCCAUAAACACGCACUAAGGAUUCACCUCUGCUCUAAAUCCAACCCCUUCGGUACAUUCACAACACAAUUGUUUCAUGUUUUCA